CCCGACUCCACCAUCAACGGCCCUGUGCGUCAGUGGACCAGGCUUCACAGCGUCACCAUUUUCGGUCCCGCCAAGUCCGUCAUUUGAUGAUCUCGAGCCGAUGAAUCAGUGAAAACACCACCUCACAACGCUUACUCAGACUCUGAUUCACUGUACUUUCGACCUCAAGAAUCCCAAUUGCGAUGAAUUCUCAGCCCAAUGGCGCUGGCCCUGCCCAGUCCCGCGAAAGCUACAAGCACUCUAUGGAAGAAUGGCGCCAGUCGGCACUCGCCCAGCGCAACCAAUAUGAACCCCGCGUCAAAGAACAAGUCACUCGAUACUUUCAAGAAUACUCUCCCCCGUUUUACGCCUCCGUAAUUGGCUACCGUCGUGAUUGGAAUCUUCUUGUUGCGACGUCCAGAGUCUCUGGCUUCGCUGCCACUCUGGGUCGAGAUCUGGAGGAUGUGGAAGCAAAAGCCAUUGCCGAAUACACCCUCGAUAACAUCCACACCAACGCCGGCUUAAAGUGGCUGAGUGUCGCACUCGCUGGAUACAUGACCUAUCGUGGUCGCCGCACAUGGCAAUUCCCCUUCUAUAAGCCCAAGCUCGGCGGCCGAUUCAACCCAAAUGAGGCUACCAGCAUUUUCACCAACAAGAAGAUUCGUGGAGCUUACCCUCGUGCAACAUGGCAUUGUCUUCGAUUUACUGCCUACUCCGCUGUCAUAAUGCUCAUGAUUGAGCCCGCAUUCCGGGCUGUCAGUUUUAUUCGAACUGAAGCUGCCAUGACAAAUGAUCCUCGCUUGAAACAGUUCACCAAAGAUGCUGCCGAGCGUGUCAAGGAUGUAAUGAGCAACCCAACCAUCUCAAGAGCACCUUUUACAGGUAGGGAUGUGCAUAAAAGUGAUGAGAACGACCCUUGGGCCAGUAAUGAUUCAAGCAACACCAGCCCUGAGAGUAGAUAUCAGCCCACCCCCACCCAGUCCUGGGACAAGACCCAAUCCUCGACCACGACGCAACAGAGUCAACAACCCAAUGACGACUGGAGCGUUCUAGAUGAUGAUGAUGAUGAUGCUUCACCAAUCGCUGCCUCUUCCCGCAAUAAACCAGUAUCUUCUCCUGCUGGUUCUGCGUGGGAGCGCAUUCGACAACAAUCACAAGGUCCGACCCAGCAAUCUGAUUACCAGUCCCGCACCUGGGCUGCCCAUUCUCAAACCGGAUCCCGGCAAGAAUCACAGUCUGGCUGGGGCACCAGGUCUGCUGGUAGCUCCAGUGACAGUUUUUCGUUCAGCAAAUCAGAUGAGGAAAGGGCAGUCGCAAAAGAACAGGCACAAGACGAAUUCGAUCGACUUGUUGAAAGAGAAAGGAAGGGCGUGGAUCAGGAGAAGGCCUGGGGGCGCAAGUAGAGUAAGCAUUGUACAAAAAGACUGCAUAUGACGCUGUGUGUAUUUUUCAUGUAGCACAAAUGAAUAAAGCAUAAUUCCAUAAGGGGUGCCGCUGUGAUUCAUUUUGUUUCAUAACGCUGAAAACAAACUCAAUUCUGAUUACGUUGCCAGCUCGACCAUCUACAAUAUACCCAUAUCCCCC